AUGGAGCCCGUACAACAGCAGCAGACGCCCGGUACACUGGAGCAGAGCACCCCUCUUUCUCCCUCCGCCCAACUCGAUCUUGCGAUAACUCUUAUCCUACACUCUUGGCCUUCUCUUACGCUGGCUGUUGAAUCGUCUUGGGGAGGACCUACUUCCAGCAGCAAACGCGAUUGGUUUUGUGGCGCCAUUGCGGAGUUAUUUACCACUAGACCUGAAACAGAUGCGCAGGAUCUGGAGGAUGUUUUGAUACAGGUGAUGACGGAUGAAUUCGACGUCGUUGUGGAUGACGGAAGUGUGAGCCUAAUUGCAGAUCAAAUAUGCGAAUUAAAAGCCGAGAUCGAAAAAGGGAAAUUUGAGCGUGUUCAGGCGAUGUGGGAGCAGUUUAAAGUCAACGAGCAAAAUGGUGGUAGCAAGCUACCAAGCAAUAUCAUCAAUAGGGUCGGAGUGAAUGGAAAUGAUAGCAGUGAUGACGACGAUGAAGACGAUGGUGACGAGGAUGACGAUGACGACGAGGAUACAGAUAUGGCGGAUGCUCCGGCUCCCCGUUCUGCUCCAAGGCAGCGAGAGGAGCCCGAGGUUGACGAUGACGGCUUUACCAAAGUUGUUGGCAGGAAAAAGAGAUGA